GAGGCACCAGAGCAUUAAUAUUCUACACGGACGGACAAAGAGAAGACAGAGAGAUGAAGCCACUGCAUAUCUUCUGCUUCUGUCUGACUGUCCUCGCCUCCACCUGGGCUGAGGACAUAGGCAGUGUGGUGAACCCUCGUGGGGCCCGCCCAGUGGAAGCUGGCUACAAGUCUGAGGAAUGUACUACAGAGAAAAGCUGGCCCUUCUGCUCCGAUGAUGACUGGGGUCCUAAGUGCCCGUCAGGCUGUCGUAUCCAGGGUCUGCUGGACGAAGCAGACCAUUCCCUGUUGAAAAAGAUUGAGAAGAUCCGUAAGAUGCUGGAUCAGAACAAAGCCAAACACCGAUCAGCCGACCAAGACUCUAAACAGACCUACGACUACCUCAAGGAAAAACUCAUCAACACUGCAGGUAACGAUAAUAAAUACUACGAAGUUUCUGAGAGCCUGCGCCAGAGGAUCGUGGACAUCAAGAUCAAGAUCGACCGCCAGCUAAGGAUCCUCAACGCUCUGAAGGCCAGAGUUAGAGACCAAGUCAUUGAGAUGCAGAGAUUAGAGGUCGACAUUGACAUCAAGCUACGGUCCUGCAAGGGCUCCUGUAAAAUAUACACAGAGUUCUCUGUGGACAAGGAGUCGUACGUAACCCUGGAGAAGCAGAUCGACCAGCUGGAGGCCCAAAGCGUCCAGUCUGUGGAGACGGUUGGCCCACUGCAUCUCCUGAAGAGCCGCCCCCUGAAAGAUGUUGUGGUCGACAGCAAAUACAAGUCUCUGAUUAGCAGCGAGCAGAGGCAGCAAUUCUUCCCGGACGUGCAGACCAUGCAGCUUGUCCUGGAGGCAGAAGGGUCCAGCGCUUCGUCCGCGGCCUCGGUCGGCAAGGCCUCAGGUACUACGAAGUUUGUGCCGGCAACGUCCGGGACUUCGUCUUCUUCGAGUUCAUGGACAGUCACAGGGUCGAAGGAUGCAUCAAAGAAAGGGAUCACUGAGAUGAGUGGCGGCGAAGUGGGAAAAGGCAGCAUGGAUUUCUUUGAAGGGAUGGGUGGACUAGGCGGCGGUCUGGGGGGCCUUGGGGGUGGAGAUUUUGACGCUACCGGUCGGGUGACCACGCAGACGUUGAGCUGCACCAAGGUGCUGAGAAAAACGACAACACAUACCAAAGAUGGGCCAGUGGAGCACAUAGAGGAAACGAUGACUGGACCCGGUUGUGAUGCACAGAAAGCCGGUGGGAUGAGCGAGUCCUCCUCCUCCUCCUCCUCUUCAUCUUUCACCAAAACCACAGGCGGUGGCAGAACAGACAGUCUCCUCAACAGCAAGUUUGGCGAUGGCACCGGUACCUCUUUCUCUUCGUCGUUCACCAAAAUGACCAGCACCAAGGGAGGCGGUAGCCUUCUCACCAGCACCAAGAGCGGUGGUGGCGAUUUUGGAGGUGAUCCGUUCGGGAUGGAUCUCGGAGCGUUUGCGCGCGAGAACUUUGAAGACGAUGUUCCAGAUUUCCACGCCCGCAGUGUGAAGAGUAGCGUUCGCAGCGAGCGGCAGGCGGAUUAUGUGGGAAAAGAUUGCACUGACAUCCAAAGGAACCACCUCACAGGGGAAAAGAGCAGCCUGUACAAAAUUAAACCCUCCGCCUCCCUGUCUCCCUCCACCAGGGCCGGGGAGGAGAUAGUGGAGGUCUAUUGCGAUCAGGAAGGGCUCCUAGCGGGGUGGACCCUGGUCCAACAGAGGCAGCACGGGGGCGUUAGCUUCAACCGCUCCUGGGCCGAGUACCAGCAGGGCUUCGGGAGGGUGGACGCCCAGGGGAACGGGGAGGUAUGGUUGGGCUUAAAACACCUCCACCUCCUCACCCAGGAGGAGAGCAUGUUGAGGGUGGAGCUGGAGGACUGGGAGGGGGGCGUGGCGACCGCCGAGUACACGGUGCGAGUAGGCUCCGAGGCCGAGGGCUACAGGUUGACGAUAGCGGACUACAUGGGAGACGCCGGGGACGCGCUAGUUAAAGGGGAGUCUAGUUCGGGGGGCCAGGGCUUCCUGUCGCACGCAGGGAUGAAGUUCAGUACCUACGAUAAGGACAAUGACCGGUGGGAGGAGAGCUGCGCGGAGAUGUAUGGCGGCGGGUGGUGGUACAACAACUGUCAGAGCGCAAACUUGAACGGAGUGUACUAUAAAGGGGGCAAGUACGACCCCGGUAGCAAUGUGCCGUACGAGAUUGAGAACGGAGUGGUUUGGCUGACAUACAGACCGGCCGACUACAGUCUAAAGACAACACGUAUGAAGAUACGCCCCCUGGCCAUGGUGUGAGGGGGCGCGGUGGAGGGACGGAGGAUGGGGGAGGGAGGGAGGAUGGGGGAGGGAGGGAGCGAUUUUGGCCGACUUUUGACUCUGUGAGUAGAUCAUUAAGCGGUUGUUUUUCUGACCCUGCGAAUUGUGUCAAUAUCCCGAAUGUCCAUGUAAAAACAAACAACAAAGUAACCUCUGAAACUGUCUGUUAAAAUAAGUGUUCUGACCAAGCAUAUUGGGUUUUGUUGUAACUCUUGUGUUCUUAAUCAAGCUACUGUUCAAAUAAUAAAAAUGUGUUCACUUCAACCUCA